UUGCUCGUUUUCGUGAAACAGUGGUAUGCCGUUUUUGUUUAAAAAGAUCUUCCUUUUGUUAAUACUCAAGCAGCAAUAUCAAAGCAUCUGUUAAUCCCUCAUUCGUCUACCAAAAUGUCAACCACAAGGUACACCAUCCCCGUCCCCGAAGGGAUACCUAUCAUUGCAACACUUGAGGAAGUCGAUAAAAUCGUAAGAGAUAACCCGACGGUGUGCUUGUACGACGAGGACAAUGGAUACUACCUCAAAGAUGACGCUGGGACAGCUGUAGCUGUGGCGUCAGAUGAAUUAUGUGAGGAGUUCGAUAAAAGGAUGGAGGAUCUCAACCAAAAAAUUGCCUCUGGGGAGCUUUCCGAUUAAACCUUCACUGUCUCGAACUUCACGAUUAUAAGAGUGCUUAUAUCUUACUGCGUGCUAUUUACUACUACUAUGUGUGACCUAUCCAGCAUCUGAUGAAAUUUACAUACAACAUAUCACGUGUGCAUAUUUUCUAUAUUAUACAUGCUGCAUGGAUCAUUCCCUC